GCCUUAGUAACCUGUCCAUCUAGGUUGCCAGUUUCAACACCCCAUCUCCUAACAUUUCGGACUUUUUACUAGAAUAUUCAAAAUGACCGAACUACAAUUCAACCAAUUCAGCAACGAUGAACUUCGACCUCAGUCUAUCACCCAUGCAUCCGGGAUGAUUCGGCUCCCUGGCUAUGGCCUGCCGCUUAACUACCUGCCAGACAAGCGAGACAGAUUCCCUGUGCUCAUGGAAGACACCAACAAGAGUUGGAAAGCUAGCACUCUGCUAAUUCGAGAAGUCUGCAUGCUAAAGUUCAUGGAAGACAUUACGAACAAGCCAGAGUGGUGGCGGAAAGUUCGAGAUCCGGUGAUUUCCGCCAGGUGGAAGGAGGAAGUGCAGGGUUUGGACUGGGCAGCAUACAGAAGCCAUGGAGACUUCACGAAGAACAUGGCUGAAGCGUGCAUGCAAGAACUUCGAAAGAAGGCAGCGUUGUACGAGGAAACGGGCCUCAUUCCUGUCCUGGAUUACUCUACUUGUGUCAUCAAGUCAGACAAGCUGCUACCCAGCUCCCUGGUUGAUCGUCUCAAAGUCGCCGUCAAAUCUCUCGAAGAUAUUCCCGAUGUCGAACAGGAUUGGCAUCCGGGAAGUGACGGUAAAGUCCUCGACUUAGUGCACCCGUCACUCUUCCCCCUCCUGUACGGCCGCUCACGUAUCAUGCAUCAACGCAUCGCAUUAGACAACUGUCUCGAAAUUGGCGGACCCGAGUUUCUCGUACCGAAACCCGACGAGUCUGACGUUGGUGAAGGUAGAACUUUCGACUGGCAAGGUGCGCCUGUUGAGCUGGUGUCCACCAAGUUCCAGUGGCUACCAUCUGACGUCGCCAUUAGCGAAGACGGCCGACCUACCAUCGAGAGUUAUGUCAAUAACCUGCACCCAAGGGAACAUUCCGAUCUGUACCCCAUAAUCGAAGAGCUGAUACAGAAGUCUUUGCCAGCUUGGGACAUCAUCUAUCGCUGGGUGAGAAAGUUCCCAGUACAGCGUCUCAGGGCGCGGAAGGUUGGAAAGCGUGUUGCGAUACCUGAUGCUGUCCCCGAGCAGGGAAUCCAGUUGGGUGAGAACGAAAGUGAUGUUCCCGUCGAUAGGCCAGAUGAACAUCACCUGGAGAUCGACGGCUUAGUCCAGCCCACAGCCGCUACUGGAGAGAAGAUAGGCAGACAACGCGGGAACGCCCACGAAAGCAAGCGACUGAAGAGCGACGAGACGGCCUCUGAGGAGGAAGAGGACGACGAUGAACACUAUGACGAAAGUCAUGAUGAGGACGAUUACGACGACUAUGACGACGACGAUGACAGCGACAGUGAAGACGAACAAGUUCGAGAGCCCUCUUCGUACUUCAGACUGUCGCCCAAGAACAUCAAACAAGCCGGAUUCUUCAACAACGCGCCCCGCAUUCAAGUCAUCGUCAAGCUCGCCAACAUUCACCUUACGUCCGAGAAGCCAACCUACGAUGGCGGCUCAUGGCACAUCGAAGGUCAACUCAACGAGCACAUCUGCGCCACAGCGCUCUUCUACUACGAUAGCGCCAACAUCACCGAGUCCCAGCUCGCUUUCCGCGCUCCAGGGAACAGGGAGAAGCUGGAUCAGCGUCUCAACUACCAGCAGUACGAUCACAAGUCCAUCGAAAAGGUCUUUGCUAUACGUAGUAGCUCUGAUACCCUCCAGGAGGUGGGAAGCGUGCUAACGCGGCCUGGGAGGGCGCUCUUCUUCUCGAACUUGAGCCAGCAUAAGGUGCGGCCUUUCAGGUUGGAGGAUCCGACGAAGCCUGGGUAUAGGAAGAUUGUGGCUUUGUUCUUGGUCGAUCCUGCUGUGUCUGUGAUUUCGACGGCAAAUGUGCCUCCCCAACAGAGGCAUUGGUUCGAGGGUAGAGACCAGGUUCAGGGGGCGGACGACAUCGUUGAGACCAUGAGCGCCCUAAUUGAAAUAGACGACGCAAAGAAGCUGCGUGAAGAUCUCAUGAAGGAAAGGACAGUUCUGUCAAGGACUGUUAAUGACGAGCUGAGGGAUGUGGAGUGGAGUUUCUGUGAGCACUGA